UAAAGAGCGAUCGCUCGCAUUCUUCGCACUCUUCGUUUUACACUCGACGAGCACCCAGCCAUCCGCCGUCUUCGAGGGCUUUGGUACAUCAGCGAUGAAACUUCAAGCGGGAAUCUUACUCGUCGUGGUGUUUAUCGGCUCGCCAAAGGUGACCGAGGGCAAACCGUACGUGACCGAAUUAUGGAGGAAAGGAGUCGCUACGGUGAGAAACUUGGUGCUGGGUCCUGUACCUGCUCCUUGGCACCAAGAAGCUGUGUGGCAAAUUGAGUUCGAUCCUGAUGCGGGUGUCCGCAAAGCACCGGACUAUCAGCGCUACUUUGGACAGCGUGGCGAAGGUUUGGUACAGCUUCUUGGUUCCGGAAACUAUCGUCCAGGAAACAAUCAGAUGUCUCCGCGUUCCAUCAACGCUCGUAUGGCCUAGUUCGGACUUCGAAAUUAGACGAAAAAUAAUAACCGUCGUUGGUCCA